AUGACAAUUCAUUCUCAAAAUGAGGCUUUGAUGUGCAAGGUUUUCCCGUCUAGCCUAGGACCCGUGACAAUGAGGUGGUUCAACAGCUUGGAAAUGGACUCCAUAGAUUCCUACAAGCAGCUCACCCAAGCCUUUGGCUCUCGUUUCAUUACGAAUAGCAGGGCUCCUCUACCUUUGAGUUCAUUGUUGUCAUUAUUCAUGUGCGAAGGAGAAACUUUAAAAGCAUACUCGGACAGAUAUUGGGAAAUGUACAAUGACAUGGACGGCAACUAUGACGACAUCACCAUUAGCACAUUUAAAAGUGGUCUCCCCACUGAGUAUGGUUUGAGGAAAUCCUUGACUGGUAAGCCUGUUAUCAGCGUUCGUCAACUUAUAGACCGGAUUGACAAAUACAAAAGAGUGGAAGAGGACCAACUGCAAAGAAAAGGAAAAGAGUAA